AUGUACAGUGUGGUUCUCAAGUCAGCCAAAGAUUCUAAUGCAAGGCAAAAGGCAAUUAACUGCAUGGUGUCAUUUUUAUAUACAGUUAGGCUGGUGGAUAUUGGUCGUUACAAAAAAAAACAGGUGCUUAACCGAAUUACAUACUACCUUUACAAAUUUCAUUCAAUCGAGCCUUCUUUGUUACGUAUUCAUCUUCAAGGACCUUUGUGCUUUGCGUGCCUUUUCCAUCUUGGUGUGAUUGUUGGUCGCGGGCUUCUUGGUUCUGGAGAUUGGACGACUGCUAGUACCCAAGACGCAGACAAGAAACACGCCAUAUCAACUUGGAGCCUCAUGGGUGCUGUAGAAAACAAAACCCAUAACAUGAUUUUUAAAAAAAAAAGUUUAGGAAGGCAGGACUACAGCAAAGAGUGUACUUUUUUUCAGGACACGAUAUUUUGCCCUGAAGGAUUAGAGAAAGACAAUGGGCCACGAACAGUACGGCUACAUCCAACAGUCAAGCCAUCCAGAACUGGUGAAAUCCUCUAUUAUACACCAUCCACACAGAAGCUAAUACACUAA